AAUUUCUAUAAAAUUUAUGUUGGCCACAAUGGAUUAAUGGCAGUUGAUGAAAAUUGUCGGUGAAUAUGCAGUUGUUAUUCGGUUUCUGCUAAAAAAUUGUUUAAAGAUAUAAUAUGAAACACGAAUUUGUUAAGAGAAACUAAAUAGUCCCUAGAUAUAUUUUGUUUCGUAGCGAAGCGACUUUUUCAUUAAUAACAAAAUAAAGAAGCCUUUAGUAUACUGAUAAGUAAAAAUGGCAGCCUUACCACGCAGAAUAAUCAAAGAAACCCAAAGAUUAAUGCAAGAACCAGUGCCUGGUAUCAGCGCUGUACCCGACGAUAGCAACGCACGUUAUUUCCAUGUAAUUGUUACGGGCCCCGAAGAUUCACCAUUUGAAGGAGGCCUUUUUAAACUAGAACUGUUCCUCCCAGAAGACUACCCGAUGUCAGCACCAAAAGUGAGAUUUAUAACAAAAAUAUAUCAUCCUAAUAUUGAUAGACUUGGUAGAAUUUGUCUUGAUAUUCUAAAAGACAAAUGGAGUCCAGCAUUACAAAUUCGUACUGUAUUGUUGUCAAUUCAGGCUUUAUUAAGUGCUCCAAAUCCAGAUGAUCCUUUAGCGAAUGAUGUCGCUGAAUUAUGGAAGAUAAAUGAAUCCGAAGCUAUAAGAAAUGCCAAGGAGUGGACACGCAGAUAUGCAAUGGACAAUUAAUUGCGCUUGGCAAUUGUGUUCUGGUAACUAACAUCAAUAUUCUACUUUUAUUUUUUUUUAAUUAUUAAUUUAUCACAAUAAAGUAGAAUUAUUGUGUUUCUUACUAGUCAUAGUUGUUUGUAUUCACCAUUUCCUUGCAAGUUGAACAUUUUGGAAUUACUAGUUCUGUUUAGUUGUAUAAUUUUUUAUGAAAAUACAAUAUUUCCCUAUAAGAUCAUUAAUGCUAUAUGAUUUUAAGUAUUUUUCAAAUUAUUUUGGUUACAUAAAAUAUGAUUUAUUAAUAACAUAUGAAAAUGGUUUUAAACCAGUAAUUAAAGAAAUUUAUGCUUCACAUAUGUACAAUUUAGCGUUAAUUCUGUGCUUAGUUCCACAAGAAUUACCGAUUUGUAGCAUUGUAAAUAAUGGUAUGUAAGGCUUUAUACGAACAAUAAACUCAUU